UCUUCUUCCCCGCAUUCACUUACACGUUUUCAUUACGACUUAUACUCACUUCACUUAACACCUUAACAUUCAUCUUCCUCUUCCCAACUUCUCUAACUCCCAAACAAUCUCAUUCUUUCAUGGCAUCUACCACGCGCAUCACUCACUGCCAGCUCCGCCCGCCCACACCAUCCUCACGUCCUCUCCCCGAAAAACCCGGUCCGGUUCAAUUCUCCAUCCCAAAACCCAAACCAACCGAACCAGAAGGCGUCAACACAAACAUCCUUCUGCAGCCGCGGCUCUGCACUCUCAGAUCGUACGGUUCCGAUCCAAUCGGCGCCAUAAUCAAAACUCGCAAAGAAAAUACACAAGUUAGCGAUGACGUGUCCUCCUUCUUCGCCACACUUUCAGAAUAUAUUGAGAGUUCCAAGAAAAGCCAAGAUUUCGAAAUUAUCUCCGGUCGUCUCGCCAUGAUGGUGUUUGCGGCGACGGUUACGGUGGAGCUGGUGACCGGAAACUCGGUGUUCAGGAAAAUGGACAUUGCAGGAAUAACGGAGGCCGGUGGAGUUUGUUUAGGCGCGGUUACUUUCGCGGCUUUGUUUGCUUGGUUUUCAAGUGCGCGUUCCAAAGUGGAUCGAAUCUUUACCGUCAGCUACAAUUCGUUCAUUGAUUCGCUAAUUGAUCAAAUCGUCGACGGUUUAUUCUAUGAUGAAGAAAUCUGAUAUACGCUGCACAACAAUCAUAUAGUAUAAGGAAGAUACAUCGCAUGUAUUAGUAUAGAGUGUAUAUGUAUAUUGUAUAUUGUAUAUUGUAUAUUUAUACUAAAUUUUGGAUAAAUAGAAGAUGUAAUGUUGUUGCUAUGAUAAGUUGAAUG